GCCUUUCUUCCAAAGCCUUUCAUAUUUCCAUACUUUCACGUACACCCACUCUACCAACAUUAUUAGCAACGGAGAGCAACUUGAACUAGAAAGAGAAAAAAUAACAAAGAAAAGAAAGAUUGCAGAGACAAAGAACACGUACGAUUAAUACUGAGGGAGGUGUUCAGAGGUGAAAACAGUACUGCAGAAUGAGUUGCGUUUCGGACGCAGUGGAGAGUGACAAGUAUUACAGCAUGAUUAAUUUUGAAGAGACUGAAUUACGUCUGGGAUUACCCGGCGCCAGCGCCGGAGGUGGAAAUAAUGAUGGUGAGGCGGCUAGGAAGAGAGGGUUUUCAGAAACAGUUGAUUUGAAGCUUAAUCUUUCCUCCAAAGACUCGGCCAAGAACGAAGUUGAUCAAAAGAUGAUGAAGGAGAUCAAGAUGAGCCCUGUACCUGCUUCUAAUGAUCCUGCAAAGCCCCCAUCAAAGGCACAAGUUGUGGGCUGGCCACCUGUCCGAUCAUUCCGAAAGAACAUCGGCCAGAAGAAUGGUAAAGAUGAAGCCGCCAAGGGCGGUAGCAUUAGUGCAGCCUUUGUUAAGGUUAGCAUGGAUGGAGCACCAUAUCUACGCAAGGUAGACUUGAAGUUGUACAAAAGCUACCAGGAACUUUCUGUUGCCUUGGGCAAAAUGUUCAGUUCCUUUACCAUUGGAAAUUGUGGGUCACAAGGAAUAUUAAAGGAUUUCAUGAACGAGAGCAAAUUGAUAGACCUGUUGAAUGGUUCUGAGUACGUGCCCGCUUACGAAGACAAGGAUGGUGAUUGGAUGCUUGUAGGAGAUGUGCCAUGGGAGAUGUUUGUUGAUUCAUGCAAGCGCUUGCGGAUAAUGAAAGGAUCCGAAGCCAUUGGACUUGCACCGAGGGCGGUGGAGAAAUGCAAGAACAGAAGCUGAAGCAAUGUGUUUGAAAUCUACCAAUGCAGCUCGAAGUUUCGAUGUGUUUGUAGCAUUUUCUUUUUCUUCUUCUUUCCUAAUAUAUAUAUAUAUAUAUGAUGAUGACAUCGAGAGGUAUUCGAGAAUUGUUAAUUAGGAACAUGAAGCAAUAAUAUACAUAAAAGAUGUUCACAUAUGUAUAAGAUCGAAGUUGCUGAUCUUGUUCAUCAUGUGUAAGUUUGUUUAAUUAUUAGUACGUACGGUCAAUGCAUGCAUGGCUUGUCUAACUAUUAUAUAUACAAUAUUAAUGUUAAUUUUCUUGUUUUCAUGA